AUGCAGCGCAACGUGUCGGGGCAGCACGGGAACCCGAGCCGCGCGCAAGUCGAAUCCGUGGUGACGAACGAGGCCUCCCUCUCGGACAAGGACCGGAGGGCGUUCGAAACCAAGGCGCUGCGCGCGCUAGCGCAGGAGAUCAAGGACCUGGAGAAGACGCAGUGGGAGAACGAGGCACCCAGGCACGACACCAACUACCUGCGCUCCCUCGACAAGCAGUGA